AGUUACACCAAGAAAACAAGUCAGGAUCUUUACGUGAGAGUCGUCAGACAGGCAGCUGCUGAUCAAGAUGACAAGAGUAAGAAGAGUGCAAAAGUUAUAGGUUCGAGUAUUGGAGUCAGCGUUUUGCUUGUUUUAAGUUUCAUUAUCUAUGGCUAUCGUAAAUGGAAGCAGAAGCGACCAUCUAUUGCGGGAAGCCAAGAUUUGCCGAUGAAGGAAGCUGUACUAUCUAGAGAAAAUAAAACAGAGGACCUCGAAUUGCCGUUGAUGGAGUUUGAUACUGUUGCCAUUGCCACUGACAAUUUUUCUGAUGCCAACAAGCUCGGUCAAGUUGGUUUUGGUAUAGUUUACAAGGGCAGGUUACUUGAGGGCAAAGAAAUUGCAGUGAAGAGACUGUCAAAAACGUCAGUUCAAGGGAACGAUGAGUUCUUGAACGAGGUGAGACUGAUUGCAAGGCUUCAGCACGUAAACCUUGUUCGUCUUCUUGGAUGUUGCGUUGAUAAGUAUGAGAAGAUGUUGAUCUAUGAGUACUUGGAGAAUCUAACCUUUGAUUCUCAUCACUUUGACAAAACCAGGCGCUCUAACUUAGACUGGAAAAAGAGAUUUGACAUUGUUAAUGGUAUUGCUAGAGGACUUCUCUAUCUUCAUCAAGAUUCACGGUUAAGGGUUAUCCAUAGAGACUUGAAAGCAAGUAACGUCUUGCUUGAUAAAGAUAUGACUCCAAAAAUCUCAGAUUUUGGGAUGGCCAGGAUCUUUGGACGGGAUGAGACAGAAGCUAACACGAGGAAGGUGGUCGGAACUUAUGGUUACAUGUCUCCAGAAUAUGCAAUGUACGGGAAGUUCUCAAUGAAGUCAGAUGUUUUCAGCUUUGGGGUCUUACUUCUUGAGAUUAUAAGUGGCAAGAAGAACAAUUCAUUCUACGACUCGGAUCGUGACCUUAAUCUUCUCAGUUUUGUGUGGAGAUAUUGGAAGGAAGGAAAAGGCCUAGAGAUCGUAGAUCCGGUAAUUGUAGAUUGGUCAUCAUCAACUUUCCGGCCGCAUGAAAUCUUAAGAUGCAUACAAAUCGGUCUCUUGUGUGUUCAAGAACGUGCGGACGACAGACCAAUGAUGUCGUCGGUUGUUUUGAUGUUUGGAAGCGAAACAACGGCUAUUCCUCAGCCUAAAACCCCUGGUUUUUGCGCAGGGAAAAGUCCCUCUGAUAGUAAACAGCGUGAAUAUAGAUCCUGGACAGUGAACCAAAUCACUCUCUCGAUCCUUGAUGCUCGGUAAUUUCAAAGUUUUCUAGCCGAUCUGUUAAUACGCAAGUCUCUGUUAAGUCCCAGUGGCUAAAGUUACAACUUCAACUAUUGUAUCAUUAUCACUGCCAAUGCUUUUGCCUUUUGGUAUGAACGUUCACGUAAAGCACAAAAAUUAGAAUAA